AUGACGCCCAUGUCACAAUGUAAUGCUCAUAAUUCAUUCCGUCAACUGCCGAACAACAUUCGACAUCAGUAUAUCACCAUUCUCAACUCCAAAGGCAUUUUUGAUCCUAUGAGCGGUCACAAGACAUCGUUGAACAACUCGAACGUCUCAGAUGAGGGGAAGGGACGCACUCAAGCUGUUCUUGAUCAAGAUGUUGUUGGUGACCAUCCCCACGAAGAGCUAUACAACGCUGGAGGUGAUCAAAACAAAGAUUUGACCAGAUUUACUGCUGGGCUUAGAGCUACCCAGAAUAACCCUGUUGGAAUCAACAAGGAAAAGACGAAGGCAUAUGAGGAAUUGAUCCGAAAGGGUGGUGAAACUCCCGAAGGAUGA